AUGGCAGUCUCCGAAAAGUGCACCAUCAAAGUCUCCGCCACCAUCGCCGCCUCCUUCUCCGUCACCGCCACCGCCGGAAAAAUCUUCUCCUCCGCCAACAGAAUCUCUGCCGGCGCCGGAGAAUUCUCCGCCGCCAACUCCGUCACAAUCUCCACCGCCAACUCCGUCUCAAUCUCCACCACCUUCCCCUUCUCCGCCAACUCCACCAUCUCCGCCGCCAUCGUCAACUCCCCCGCCUUCAAAAGAUUCAGCUCCUCCACCCUCUCCGUCAGAGCCACCACCGUCGCCGCCCCAGUCGUCUCCGCCACCUCCACAAAAUUCUCCUCCAGCACCACAAUCUCAAGCCCCUCCUCCACAUUCUCUUUCGCCUCCAACUGCAAUUCAAACUCCACUUUCACCUGGUUCCCAUGUUACUCCGCCGCCGGCACCAACCGGUUCAGGGCCAAACCACCCUUCACCACCGCGAUCUCCGCCGUCUACCCAACCGAAACCAAGCGGUGCUCUCCCGAAAAACGACCCUCCGUCCACAUCACCUAGCUCCGGUAAUAAUACAGGAGAAACUGUUGGUCUUGCUCUCGCCGGGGUUGUCAUGAUUGCGUUUCUUGCUCUAGUUAUUUUCUUUAUAUUCAGGAGGAAGCAAAAGCGUGCGGGUGUCUAUGCCAUGCCACCCCCUAGGAAAUCUCAUAUGAAAG